AUGUCUUUCAAAACGAUAAUCGCUGUUGUAGCGGUAGUCGCGAUAUGCUGCAGCUGCAACACUGGAGCUCUGAAACAGAGACAAGCGUAUACCGGCUAUUCCGAUGGAUACACUCAGAACCACAAGGACGAGAGUCACCAAGAUCUGAGCAAAGUGCCAGGCACACCUGGAGUAGACUACCCAAUUUACCACGCGGUGCCGGAGACUAGUUUUAACUGCAAAGACGUACCGUACGCACCCGGCAUGUACGCCAAUGUGGAGACCGGAUGCCAGGCUUACCAUAUCUGUCACGACGGUCGUGAAGGUCAUCAGGGAGCAUCUUUCUUGUGCUCCAACGGCACUCUGUUCAAUCAAAAAGAAUUUACCUGCGAUUGGUGGUACAACGUUGACUGUAGCAAGGCGACAUAUUAUUACGAACUUAACACGGACGCAGCAAAAAAUCCAUUCGUCCCAAAACCAAAGGCAACCGAGGAACCGUACAAGCAACCAUACGACAAUUAUUACCAGAAUCCAAAGUAUUAUCUGUAA